GAGAAGCCUUGACAAGAGUUUCUUCACCUAACGGCGUGGUGUGGGAUUUCUGAGCCGAACCGGGGGAGAGUUCUCAAAUGCAAAAGUACAUGUAUGAGAAAGCAAUGGCCCAAGAGACAAGGAACGGAGGAACCUCUACGUUAAACAACAACAAUGGUGUUGACAACAGCAAGAAGAAGCUGCUCAUAGUGCUCGACAUCUUCUGCCUUCUACUUGCUAGCCUGCCUUUCCUGAUCAUUGAGACUAGCACCAUAAAGCCGUACCAGCGCGGGUUUUACUGUUCGGACGAGUCCAUCCGCUACCCCCGAAAAGAGGGAGACACCAUUAGUGAUGCCGUGCUUUGUGGUGUUGGCAUUCUUAUUGCCAUCUUCUCUAUCGUGAUCGGAGAAUGCUUCAGGAUUCACCAGCUCCAUGAGGGAACCAAGUCUUUCGUCGGGAAUCCUUAUGUUGCAGCCCUCUACAAACAGAUGGGUGUGUUUCUCUUCGGAUGUGCCGUCAGCCAGUCAUUCACAGACAUCGCCAAGGUGUCCGUGGGUCGUAUGAGACCUCACUUCUUAGACGUGUGCAAACCAGAUUUCUCCACCAUCAACUGUUCGCUGGGAUACAUCACCAACUACACCUGCACUGGCGAGGAGAGCGACGUACAGGAGGCCAGGAAAUCCUUCUUUUCAGGACAUGCCUCCUUUUCGAUGUUCACCAUGCUCUACCUGGCUUUCUAUCUCCAGUCCAGGUUUACAUGGCGCGGCGCUCGUCUCCUCCGCCCACUGCUCCAGUUCACCCUGUUGAUGAUGGCCUUUUACACCGGCCUAUCACGCGUCUCCGACCACAAGCAUCACCCGACUGAUGUCCUGGCAGGCUUUGUGCAGGGAGCCCUGGUGGCCUACUGCAUAGUGUUCUACGUGUCGGACCUGUUCAAGCCCAGGGUGAAGCCAGCCACGCCCCCGCCCUCCCCCAUCAAGAAGGAGCUUCUCCAGUCAUCCGACAUCAUCGAGAGGAACAACCACCACAACAUGGUGUGAGAAGAGGCCGCGACGUCUUCCUGUGACUGAGGAGCCAAUCGCAGCGCUGCUCACCUCCCAUCGGACAGUAGAAUGUAGCGACGAGAGACUGUAGCUGCUUCUCAAACUGCAUCCUCCUCCCUUUUUUACGGCGCCCAGCGAGGCGCUUCGUGGACUAGGGUGUCAGAUUUGAGAUUUGCACAGCAGAGUCCACUCUCACUAUCCAGACUUAUUAUUUACUAUUAUGUUAACUACUAAUCAACAUUUGAGCCCAUCGUUUUGAGCACAAGCAGAAAAAGAAUUGGAAAGCUAGAAGACAAAAUGAAUUAUGAAAUUGAUGACUUGACAGGCAGAGCUGAAGGGUGAGGAGGUUUGAUGGAAGUGUAACCUCCACAAAAGGGAGAACACGACGAACGAAGAAAAGAGACACAAAAAAAAAGACAAAAGACAAACCCCCUGCCUAGGGAGAGAGGGAUGUGCAGUGAUGCUUCCUCUCUGAACUCUCUGUGGCCUUGGAACGCUGUAGGACAACAACUUCCUUAGCUACGGGAAGGAUAUUACUGCAAUAACUAGCAGCAUAGAAAUAUUAACAGUAUAGAAAAAAAUAUAACUUAUAGCACUGUUUUUAAGUUCAUUGUCCAUUAUCACCACUUGCUGCCCGAGAUGUCUGACCGAAAAAACUUGACGAUGCUGACGUGAGACAUGAAAUAUGAACUCCCUGAAGCCGACCGAGCCCGGGUGUGUGGCACUUUCACAAGACCUCACGCUCAGGCAGACUGAAGUAAGCAUAGCAUGGCUUUAACGACAAUAACCCUGAACCAGAAGGCCACUUUAAGGAUCAUCUAUUGAUCCUCUUUGGCCUUUAUUACAGGUUCUAGCCUGACAUCAGUAUCCCCAUAAACUGUGUCUUUGGCAGAAAGAAUGAAGCCCUCCAAACCUCCAUAUAUGUCUGUCUCCGCGAUCAGCACGUCAAGCUUUUUUAAUAGAAGACUUUCAGAGCGGCCCAAACCCGGGAUGUUGCAUUUCUUGAGGGUUUAGAUGUAGUAAAGGGGGGAUAUUUUCUGUGGAAGGAUGGAGGCAGAUCUCACAGCCUCCCGGCACCCGUAUAAAGAGGCGUGGCUGUGCCAUGUGCCACUUAACUGGUGUCGGGGCCAUCUGUUUUGACUUCCUAAACAGGAAGGGGAUGGGUAGGCAGAGUGAAGUGGUGCGGUCUGUCACCGUGGAAACGAGGGUGAUGAUUUACAGCUAAGCUGGCACAUUAUUUUUUUGGGGAUGAUUUGGGCUCUUUCCGCUGGCAGGGAGGGGCUCUCACCCACCCAAUCACUCAUUGGCAAUGGAUGUUUGUCUUCUCGGCGUGUGCGCGCGUCCUUGUCACACUCGUGUGUGUGUGCUUGUGUGGGUACGCUCGUGCUUGUACAUGUACAUCUUGUGUGUGUGUGUGUGUGUGUGUGUGUUUGAAUGUGUGUGUACAUAUGAAUGAGCGCUGUGCCCUGUGAAAAGGAACCCCCCCCCACUCCCGCCAUCCCCGUCUUGAUAAACUAUGUGUGUGUCAUGAAACACACACACACACUGUCAGCUGUGCCAAGUGUGCCUGCGAGCGAGUGAGUGAGUGCAUGUGUGUGUGUGUGCGUGUGUGUGUGUCAGAGAGCAGGUGAACGUUAUAAAAACUGUGGAUCUAAUAUUUUUAUUCUUUGCUAAGAAGCAUCUUUAACCUUGUAUGUUUAUAGCCUGUCCUGUAUACUCACUAACAGUUGUACAGAUACAGAAGCCCUUUUUUAUUUACAGCCUACUCAGAUAUCCUCCUCCAAACAACACACACCGCCAUGUUGCACAUCUUUCUCAUCGUAUAGUCCGUCCUAUCAUUUCACGAAGCUGUUUUCACACUCUUUUUAUAAAUAUAUAAAUAAUGUAUAGAUCACUAAAAUUAACUCUGUAAGAUAUUGUUUCUUAACGUGUUUAGAUAUACCCACUAUGAUUACAGACCUGUGUUCUUUACAAAAUGCUGCUUAAAAAGCAUCGAUUGACAGAUUUUUUGUAUCUAGAUAACUAAACUAUUGUAGAUUGUUAUAGUUACGUUUGUGAUAUGCAUUAAAAAAAAAACACACAAAUACACCCACAAUUGUAUUAAAAUUCAAUAUUAGUAUUUUUGUAUUGUCUCGUUUUUUUGUACAAAAGACAUAGUUGCAAUGCUGUUUUUUUUUUCCCUGCUAAAUGUACUUAGCUCUAAUACAUGUGCUUUUAAAUAAAAAGCUCAUUAUGAAUACAA